AUGCGCGUGCUGGUAGAUCUUGGCGAAUACAUCAUAAUAGCACAUUUAGUUGACAAAGCCGCUGUCAGCUCCAAGCUCCGAAACAAGCGCGUCUCAUUGAGCUUUGUCAGUAUCCAGGCUAACGUAACGGGCCACAAGUUGCUUCUUCGCUUCUAUCGUGAAUGUACUACAUGUUGGAAGUACCUUGUUGGUGAAAGCACGUACCACUAA